AUGAAUAAUGGCGAAACAUUGCCGAAGAUACUGGACGUAAUAAUCGUAGGCGCUGGCUUCUCAGGACUUUACAUGUUAUAUCGUUUACGUGAACGCAAUUUUUCAGUAAAAAUUCUUGAGGCUGGUAAUGGCAUUGGUGGUACAUGGUAUUGGAAUCGUUAUCCAGGUGCACGUUGUGAUAUUGAAAGCAUGCAGUACUCGUAUUCAUUCUCGGAAGAAUUGCAACAAGAAUGGAAAUGGUCGGAAAUAUUUUCUUCUCAGCCAGAAAUUUUGUGUUAUCUCAAUUAUGUUGCUGAUAAAUUUGAUCUUCGCAAAGAUGUUCAAUUUGGUACUCGAGUGAAUGCGGCUUUUUUCGAUGAGACACAUUCAUGUUGGGAAGUACACACAAAUGGAGGAGAUCGAUUCUUCGCCAAGUUUUGCAUAAUGGCCACCGGUUGUCUCUCGGCAGCUCGGAUUCCACAGAUUAAAGGGUUUGAUACUUUCAAGGGUCAACACUAUCAUACAGGUCGAUGGCCACAUACAAAUAUUAGCUUUAAUGGACGUCGUGUGGCUGUCAUUGGCACUGGUUCCUCUGGUAUACAAUCGAUUCCUGUCAUCGCCGAACAAGCAGAUCAUGUCUUUGUAUUUCAACGAACACCAAAUUUUAGUAUUCCUUCUCACAAUGGACCCCUCAAAGCUGAAUACGAACAAUGGUGGAAAUCAAAUUACGCAGAGUAUCGACGGCAGAUCUCUGAAACACCAUUCGGAUUCAUAGACAAAAGCAAUAGAAACAUUUCAGCAACUGCUAUCACGCCAGAAGAAUGUCAACAUGAAUUGGAGGAAAGAUGGCAAACUGGUGGUCUCGAUUUUUUAUUAAGCUUCAAUGAUCUCUUUGUCAAUAAGGAAUCCAAUGAUGCAGCAGCUGAAUUUGUACGCACUAAGAUUCGUGAAACUGUCAAAAAUCCCGAAGUGGCAGAGGCUUUGGUUCCACAUAAUUAUCCAUUAGGUACCAAGCGUCUGUGUGUCGACAGUAACUACUUUCAAACCUUUAAUCGUGACAAUGUGACGUUAGUCGAUCUGCGAAACGGACCAAUCGAUGAAAUAAUACCCAACGGCAUUCGUAUCAAGGAAAAAGUCUACGAAGUGGAUGAUAUUGUAUUUGCAACGGGAUUUGAUGCAAUGACUGGAGCUUUGUUGGAAAUUAAUAUUCGUGGUCGUUCUUGCAAGACACUUCAAGAUAAAUGGGCAGAAGGUCCUCGCACCUAUCUUGGUUUGAUGAUGGCUGAUUUUCCGAAUUUUUUCAUUAUCACUGGUCCUGGCAGUCCAUCGGUACUAACCAAUAUGCUUCCCUCUAUAGAGCAACAUGUCGAUUGGAUAGCUGAAUGUCUUAACUAUCUUCGUACGCAUCAUUACAUUACGAUUGAACCGCAAGUAGAAGCAGAAAAUGCCUGGAUGCUUCAUGUGAAUGAAAUCGCCAAUGUUACUCUCUUUCCUCUGGCGAACUCAUGAAUUAGUGGUAUAUAA